CCAGCAUCCACAACAUCCCAUGCAUGGCAUGAUACCCCAAACUUUAAGACGAGAAGUGUAAGGAUUUAGAUAAUUACUCAAUCUCUCAGUCUGAGCCAGCAUGGCGAACCAACUCGCGAGGGCCAAUGGACUGGAUAUUUCCAAGCAUGGUCAAACAUUCCAUAAAGAGUGCGCAACAUCCUGAAGGAACGAAGUACUGAUCCAGAAGUUGACACCAUGUUGAUGGGCUACGUCAAAGUCCUACACUCUAGAACGAAGAUAUGGAUCAUGUCUUCAUCCACACAAGAAGCCAAGCACAUUUGCCUCGUCGCAAGCGCUCUAGUUCUCCACUCGACCCGACGCCGACCAAGAGCUCUUACUAUUGAUGUUGCUCGAUGUUCAGGUGCUUCCAUGCUAAUUUUGGUACAGGAAAUCAUCAUUAUGACCUGUCUGCAAGGGUAGGUUGGAUGAUUGUCUUGCUCAGACAACUGGGCAGCGGCAUUGAUCAGGAGGAGGACUCAAACAUUUUCAGCAGGGCUGAGCUGUUGCGUCCUUCU